AACGGGCUGUCCCCGCUCCACAUGGCAGCGCAGGGGGAUCACAUCGAAUGCGUCAAACACCUUCUGCAGCACAAGGCUCCUGUGGAUGACGUCACGCUGGACUACUUGACCGCAUUGCAUGUGGCAGCGCACUGUGGUCACUACAGGGUCACCAAGCUGCUGCUGGACAAGAGGGCCAAUCCCAAUGCCAGGGCUCUGAAUGGCUUCACUCCUCUGCACAUAGCCUGUAAGAAGAACCGGGUGAAAGUGAUGGAGCUUCUCGUCAAAUAUGGAGCCUCCAUUCAGGCCAUCACAGAGUCUGGUCUGACUCCCAUCCACGUAGCGGCCUUCAUGGGUCACCUCAACAUCGUCCUGCUCCUUCUGCAGAACGGAGCCUCUCCGGAUGUCAGCAACAUUCGUGGAGAAACCGCCCUGCACAUGGCAGCCCGGGCCGGCCAGGUGGAGGUGGUCAGAUGUCUGCUGAGAAACGGGGCCGUAGUGGACGCCCGGGCACGGGAGGACCAGACCCCCCUCCACAUCGCGGCCCGUUUGGGUAAGACGGAGAUGGUCCAGCUGCUGCUGCAGCACAUGGCCCACCCGGACGCCGCCACGGCCAACGGCUACACGCCGCUGCACAUAUCGGGCCGGGAGGGCCACGUGGACACGGCCUCCGUCCUGCUGGAGGCCGGGGCCUCGCACUCCCUGGCCACAAAGAAAGGUUUUACUCCUCUGCAUGUUGCCUCUAAGUACGGGAGCCUGGAUGUGGCCAAACUACUGCUGCAGCGCCGCGCGCCUCCUGAUUCUGCUGGGAAGAACGGCCUCACUCCACUCCAUGUUGCGGCACAUUAUGAUAACCAGAAGGUGGCGCUCCUACUUCUGGACAAAGGAGCGUCCCCCCACACCAUGGCCAAGAACGGCUACACUCCUCUACACAUCGCUGCUAAGAAGAACCAGAUGGACAUUGCCACGGUGCUGCUGCAGUACAGCGCAGAUACCAACAUACUGACCAAGCAGGGGGUCACUCCGCUUCAUCUGGCCUCCCAGGAGGGGCACGCAGACCUGGCCACCCUGCUCAUCAGCAAAGGAGCCCAGAUUAACGUUCCCAACAAGAGCGGACUGACCGCCCUCCAUCUGGCCGCCCAGGAGGACAAAGUCACUGUGGCUGAGAUCCUGGCCAAGAAUGGAGCCAACCUUGAUCAACAAACCAAACUGGGCUACACUCCACUAAUUGUAGCAUGCCAUUACGGGAAUGCCAAGAUGGUCAACUUCCUGCUUCAAAAUGGAGCUAGCGUCAAUGCCAAAACCAAGAGUGGAUACACUCCCCUUCACCAGGCAGCCCAACAAGGGAACACCCACAUCAUUAAUGUGCUGUUACAAUACGGUGCCAAACCCAACGCUAUCACUGUGCAGACGGUGACAGAGAAACACAAGCUGAACGUGCCCGAGACUAUGACUGAAGUCCUCGACGUUUCCGAUGAAGAGGGUGAUGACACAAUGACGGGUGAUGGGGGGGAAUAUCUGAGGGCCGAGGACCUCAGAGAGCUGGGAGACGACUCCCUGCCCGGUCAGUAUCUGGACGGAAUGAACUACCUGCGCUUCAGCCUGGAGGGGGGGCGCGCUGACAGUUCAGACAGGUCCUUCACACCCACCCACCACAGCUUUUACUCUCCUAGACAUGAAGGCAUGAUGGAGGAGAUGCUCACCAGUCAGCAGAUGUCGUUGCUUACCCGGGAGAACGAGAAGGAUUCCUACCGGCUGAGCUGGGGCACAGACAACCUGGAUAAUGUGGCUUUGUCCUCCAGCCCCAUCCACUCUGGCUUCCUGGUCAGCUUCAUGGUGGACGCCAGGGGCGGGGCCAUGCGUGGCUGCCGACACAACGGCCUCCGCAUCAUCGUCCCCCCCCGCAAGUGCAGCGCGCCCACGCGGGUCACCUGCCGGCUGGUCAAGCGCCACCGACUGGCCACCAUGCCCCCCAUGGUGGAGGGGGAGGGCCUGGCCAGCCGGCUCAUCGAGGUGGGGCCCUCCGGAGCCCAGUUUCUCGGUAAACUCCACCUCCCCAGUGCCCCCCCACCUCUAAAUGAGGGAGAGAGUUUGGUUAGCAGAAUCCUCCAGCUUGGUCCACCAGGGACAAAAUUCCUUGGUCCUGUGAUUGUUGAGAUCCCUCACUUUGCCGCUCUGCGGGGGAAAGAGCGAGAGCUGGUCAUCCUGAGGAGUGAGACAGGAGAGAGCUGGAAGGAGCACCACUGCGAAUUCACCCAGGAGGAGCUUAACCAGAUCCUAAAUGGCAUGGAUGAAGAUCUGGACACACCUGAGGAGCUGGAGCGGAAACGCGUCUGUCGAAUCAUCACGAGAGACUUCCCGCAAUACUUUGCCGUGGUGUCACGCGUCAAGCAAGACAGCAAUCUGAUUGGUCCUGAGGGAGGAAUCCUAAGCAGCACUGUUGUGCCCCAAGUCCAGGCAGUGUUUCCCGAGGGGGCACUCACUAAGAGGAUAAGGGUUGGACUCCAGGCCCAGCCAGUGAGUGUAGACGUAGUGCGGAAGAUCCUUGGUAACAAGGCCACCUUCAGCCCCAUCGUCACCCUAGAGCCCCGCAGGAGGAAGUUCCAUAAACCCAUCACCAUGACCAUUCCUGUACCCAAGAGCAACUCCAACCCGGUCCUGAACGGUUUUGGAGGGGACACACCCACUUUACGAUUGCUCUGUAGUAUAACCGGUGGAACAACUCCAGCCCAGUGGGAGGAUAUAACAGGAACCACCCCGUUAACUUUUAUCAAUGACUGCGUAUCGUUCACCACUAAUGUGUCUGCCAGAUUCUGGCUUAUAGACUGUCGACAAAUCCAGGAAUCGGUAUACCGAGAGAUUAUCUGUGUCCCCUACAUGGCCAAGUUUGUCAUAUUUGCCAAGACCCAUGACCCCAUUGAGGCCCGCCUACGCUGCUUCUGCAUGACCGACGACAAGAUAGACAAAACCCUGGAGCAACAGGAGAACUUCACCGAGGUCGCCCGGAGCAGAGACGUGGAGGUUCUUGAAGGAAAACCUAUCUAUGCAGACUGCUUCGGAAACCUAGUUCCUUUAACAAAAAGUGGACAACAUCAUCUCUUCAGCUUCUAUGCCUUUAAAGAGAAUAGACUGGCACUCUUCAUCAAAAUCCGAGACAACACUCAGGAGCCAUGUGGUCGACUGUCCUUUAUGAAAGAACCCAGGAACUACAGGGCACUAACCCAACAUGCCAUUUGCAACCUAAACAUCACACUCCCGUCCUACUGCAAGGAGUCCGAUUCUGACCAAGAGGAAGAGGCCAGCAGAACAUUUGAGAAAUGUAAGUAA